AUGCGACGCGAUGCGCGGGUUUUAGUGGCAGUCGACCAAUCACAGGGCGCCGAGACGGCAUUUCACUUCGCGCUGAGCCUGCUGUCUCGCAACGCCACCAUCUACGCGUUGCAUGUGCGGGACCCCAACACUGAGGCGGCAUGGAUGUAUGAGGCGGAGCAGCGCAACAGCACGGGGCAGGCGUUGGUGUGGGAAUACGAGGUGGAGGCGCGCGCAGAGGACCUGCUAGCGCGAUUCCGAGGAAUGGCGCAUGCGGCUGGGAUUACCUGCCAUGCAGUAUCACGCAAUGCGGGGGAUGCGCGUGCAGAGCUGUGUGAGGCGGUGGAGCGGCAGGCCAUAGAGCUGCUCGUGGUGGGGUCGAGAGGGCUGGGCGCCGUGUCCAGCCCGACCCCGUCCACUCCCCCUCCUAAUACCGGCACGGACAGUCCUGUUCAGUCGGCGCGAGUUUACCUUCCCGAUGUCGACCACGAGGUGUUCAAGCAUUUCCGCCGCAUAAAGGUGGAUGAGGGGAAAUCGCAGCAAUACGAGUGCAGGUACUGCUGCAAUAUCUUUUCUGGUGCCGCCACCCGCUGCGCGCAGCACUUGGCGAGUUGGAGGAAGAUGAGGCGCCGCGAAGUGGCGCUAUGCAAGGAAGCCCCCUCUGAAGUACGGGCUGCCAUCCGGAAGAAGUACGAGGCUAAGGCUGCAGCGGCGGAUCAGCGCCGCCAGGCGACAUCGGAUGCCAUUGCGUCGGUCACCAGCGGCGGAAAGAGGAGCCGCAUUACUGACUACUUGGAGACGGAUGUGGCAGCUGCGAAGCGCGAUGCACACGAGGCGUUGGCACUGAUGUUCGCGGCGUGUCAAAUCCUGGAGCGCGUGGCGGAGCACCCUCUCUUCAUCAACGCCGUUUGUGCCAUUAGGGACUCCGGCACAGGAUACGUCCCCCCGACGAGGACGUUCAUCGGCGGGGCGGGCUUGCGACUCUGUUGCGAGAACAUCGACAGAGGGCUUUCUGGAGUGAAGGCGAGCUGGAAGCGGACCGGCGUGACAAUUUCUUCUGAUAUGAUGACUGAUAAGAACGGUCGCCCCCAGGCGAACGUGUUUCUCGUCAACGAGAGCGGUGCGGUGUUCAAGGACAGCGUGGAGUGUCGCAUGGAGACCAAAACCGGCGGCUAUGUCGCCAGCAUCCUCAGGCCUGUGGUGGAGGAGGUCGGUCCAGAUAACGUGGUGGCGUUCUGCACUGACGGUGGGUCCAACUACGCGGUGGCGUGCAACGAGCUGAUCGCGGAAUGGCCGCACAUUCAACACGUGCCAUGCGCCACCCACGUGUUGGACCUCUUCAUGGAGGACGUCGGCAAGAUGACGUGGGCCAAGAAGGUGGUGGACACUGCGGGCGAGAUCAGCUCCUUCGUCCGCAACCACCACUGGACAAGGGGAUACUUGAGGACCCCCGCACUGUCGCUUGCACAGAUGGUGGUGUCUGAUGUGUGGAAGGGUUGGGCAGUUGGGGAUAGGAAGAAGUCUGCGGAUAAGUUUGCAUCACAAGUUCUUGAUGACGCGUGGUGGCGGACGGCGGAGUUUUUCUCCAAGCUGAUGAAGCUCCCGUUCAUGGCAAUGCAUAAGACCGAUGGGGAUGCCAAGGGGAUGAUGGGCCGGAUGUAUGACGUGAUGCUGCAGUUGACCGAGGAUGUGGGGACAGUGGUGGAGGAGGAUGAGGAGCAGCUGAGCUACUCCGACAAAGUGAACAUCCGCCGCCUACUGAAGGACAGGUGGGACGACAGCCUGGCCUGCCCCAUGCACGUUGCGGGCAGAAUUCUCAACCCGGCGAACCAGGAUGAAGACAUCUUCGGCUCAGACGCGGAGUGCACUAGGGUAUUCAAAACGUACAUCACUGAGCACGCCGAGCACCUCUGCAAUUACGGAAAGGAGGGGGAUGAUGGGGAUGACAUUGGCGAGGUUUUGAUGGAACUGCAGGACGGGGUGAGGGCAUUUCUGGAUAUGAAAGGAAGCUUCGGGAUGGGGGAUGCAAUUGCUCAGAGGAACUUGGUCAAGCAAGGCAAGUAUGACAUGGUAAAGUGGUGGCAGUGGCACGGCACUGACGUACCAAAGCUGGCGGCCCUAGCCAUCAGGACUCUCUCUCAGCCCGUGUCGGCUUCACCAUGUGAGAGGGGAUGGUCAACGUGGGGUGGGGUGCACACGGCCCGCCGGAACCGGCUUGGCUCUGCCAAGUGCCGGGAUUUGGUUUUUGUUGCGCACAACUGGAGCGUUGUGCGCAACUGGCAUUCCCGUGCAGAUGUCAUGCCGGGUGUGGUGCUCGGGAAUAUCCCGGAGCCUCCCGUGCCCGAGGGCUACAAUGUGAUGGAGGGGGACGAGGAGGAGGAGGAGGGGGAAGACGACAUUUUGGAGGAUGAGUAUGCGUAG